AUGGCGAAGGCUCUGCCGAGACGUCUUUAUGUCUAUCGCGCCUUUCAUGAACACAAACGAUUGGAGAAGUCGUUCGAUGAUUGCGCGCGUUGCAUCGACAGCUCGAAACUCGCCAAGCACAACAUCAUCGCGAUCGGCAUCAAUACGUAUCUCGCCGUCGUCGAAUGGGACGGUCUCGAUGAGGAGCAUUGCAUUAUUGUGCCGACGCAGCAUUCAUCAAGCACCAUUCAACUUGAUGAGAAUGUUUGGGACGAAAUGCGAUUGUGGAGAAAAGGUCUCGUAGCGAUGUGGAAACAAGAGGGUAAAGAUUGCGUAUUCAUGGAAAUGUCGCGCCACGUGGAUAGUAAUCCACACGUCAUAGUCGAAUGCAUCCCAUUGGAUGUCGAGAUGGGCGAUGUGGCUCCGAUUUAUUUUAAGAAAGCAAUCAACGAAUGUGAAGGCGAAUAUAUGGAUAAUAAGAAGCUGAUCGAGACCAAAGAUCUUCGCAAGCAGAUUCCGAAAGGCUUCAGCUAUUUCGCUGUCGAUUUUGGCCUCUCGAAUGGAUUUGCUCAUGUUAUUGAGAAUCAUGAACUGUUUCCAUCGAAUUUUGGAACGGAAAUUAUCGCCGGAAUGCUUGAUUUGCCUCCGAAGAAGUGGCGAAAGCGUGAAAAAGAUGAUCUGGCGAAACAAAGAUCUCGAGCAGAGAAGUUCAAGAAAAUGUGGGAGCCGUAUGAUUGGACAAAACGCCUUCGGAAACAGGACGAUGAAGCUUAA